CUUUUCCUCUGUCAGUACUGUAGCACAGUAAGCGCAGGAAGGGGGCAGGGUUCGCGCUUUUCCUUUGCCUGUUUGACCAUCACAAUCUGCUGAAUCACACAAACUCUUCCGCAUCGUCAAAACUUUGAAGACAUAUCGCAGUGGAUAGUAGUCCGUGGAUACAUAACGCGACAUUCCCCCGCCGUCAGACAGAGAAGGUGUCCCCGUCCGUGCAACUCUUCAUGGCGAAAAGACCUUUCUUUUUCACUUCUGCCUUCUGUCACCUACGGGACCACCGUUUUCAAGACACAAGCCUGUAAAAGUUUGCCUUUCAUGUGAAUGUACAGGACUCGUACGAGAAAUGAAGCUCAGCAGACAGUUCACAGUUUUUGGCAGUGCCAUAUUCUGUGUGGUGGUAUUUUCCUUGUACCUGAUGUUGGAUCACUUAGAUUAUAGCAAAAACCCAAAUGGAGAGAGAGUUCAAAACGGCCAGCUUGGUAUUCUGCAGGACAAAAUAGACCACUUAGAAAGACUGCUUGCAGAGAACAAUGAGAUCAUUGCCAACAUCAGGGACUCUGUAAUUAACCUGAGAGAAACUGUGAAAGAUGGGAAAAUGUUUCCUGAAGGGAACAUGAGUCAGGGGAACCUGGAAUUGCUGCCCCCUGCUCCUGCGCUGCUCCCCAUCCACUCAGAGGACUGCCAGUUUGCAGCACGGACAUACUCCAAGGCAGCGGAUGGAGUACAGAUGCUGGAUGUUUAUGAUUUGCUCAGCUUUGAUAACCCUGAUGGUGGAGUAUGGAAACAAGGCUUUGAUAUCUCUUAUCAGGCUGAUGAAUGGGACGCUGAGCCACUCCAAGUCUUUGUUGUGCCCCAUUCACAUAAUGACCCUGGCUGGUUGAAGACGUUCGAUGACUACUAUCGGGACCAGACACAACACAUUCUCAACAACAUGGUGGUGAAAUUACACGAAGACAGUCGGCGAAAAAUGAUCUGGUCUGAGAUCUCAUAUUUUUCAAAAUGGUGGGACAACAUCGACGAUCAGAAACGAGAUGCUGUCAGGAGGCUUGUAGAGAGCGGCCAGUUCGAGGUGGCUACAGGAGGCUGGGUGAUGCCUGAUGAAGCCAACGCUCACUACUUUGCAUUGAUUGAUCAGUUAGUUGAAGGCCACCAGUGGUUGGAGAAAAAUUUGGGAGUGAAACCCAAGACUGGCUGGGCUGUGGAUCCGUUCGGUCAUGCUCCUACCCAGGCUUAUCUGCUCAGACAGGCUGGUUUGUCCAACAUGCUGAUCCAGAGAGUGCACUACUCAGUGAAGAAACACUUUGCCUCUCAGAAGACCCUGGAGUUCUUCUGGAGACAGAACUGGGAUCAGGACUCAAGUUCGGACAUUUUGUGUCACAUGAUGCCAUUCUACAGCUACGAUGUUCCCCAUACAUGUGGUCCUGACCCGAAGAUCUGCUGUCAGUUUGACUUUAAAAGGCUGCCAGGAGGAAGAAUCAGCUGUCCGUGGAGAAUUCCUCCUCAGGCCAUCACGGACAGCAAUGUACAGGAGAGAGCUCAGACGCUGUUGGACCAGUACAGGAAGAAAUCCAAGCUUUUUCAGACCAAGGUGCUGCUGGCACCACUUGGAGAUGAUUUCCGUUACACUGAAGCCGUCGAAUGGGACCAACAGUUUGACAACUACCAGAAACUCUUUGACUACAUGAAUUCUCACCCUGAGCUCCACGUCAAGGCCCAGUUUGGAACCAUUUCAGAUUAUUUCAAUGCCUUGCGUAAAAACACUGGCAUGGAUCCGGAUGGCAUGAAUGUUGGCCAUUUGGCGUUGCCUGUGGUAAGUGGAGACUUUUUCACUUACGCGGAUCGAGACGACCACUACUGGAGCGGAUACUUCACCUCGCGGCCAUUCUAUAAACGCCUGGACAGAGUGCUGGAAUCACAUCUUCGGGCAGCUGAGGUACUCUACUCUCUGACCUUGGCCAGCAUUCAGAAGUACGGCCAGCCCAGUGAUUACCCUGCAGUGGAUAAUUACAAGUUACUGACGGAAGCCAGACGCAAUCUAGGUCUCUUCCAGCACCAUGAUGCCAUCGCAGGCACAGGCAAAGACUGGGUGGUUGUGGACUAUGGAACCAGGUUGUUUCAUUCUAUUCUGAACGUGAAGCGAGUGAUUGUGAGCUCAGCUCAUUGGUUGGUGCUCAAGGACAAACAAACAUACAACCAUGAUCCUUCAAAUCCAUUCCUUCAGAUGGAUGACGUUCAGCCAGCCCAAGAUGCCCUACCUCGCAAAACUGUUCUUGAAGUUAGUGAAAAACCAAGGUUGCUGGUAGUUUCCAACCCCACAGAGCAGGCCAGGACAUCCAUGGUUACAGUGUAUGUGAAUAGUCCUAACGUGCGCUUGCUUGAUGCUGUUGGUCAUGUGGUCCGUGCUCAAGUCAGUGCAGUUUGGAAUGAUGCCACUCAUGCUGCCGUCGAUGUGUUCCAGUUGUCGUUUGUGGCUCAUGCUGCUCCUCUGGGUCUGAGUGUGUACCAGCUGAUGGAAGGAAUGGAGCCAAGGACAGAAGCUGCUAAGUACAUGUUUCUUCAGGACGGCGGCCACAUUUCAGUCAGUAAACUGGAGCAUUUCCGACAGUUCUACCAAAACGAUGUAGCUCCUGUGCACAUUGAAAAUCCUCACCUCAAACUCUCCAUCUCUACAGCUACAGGUCUUUUAGAGAAAAUGAGGUUGAAGGAGGAUGACUCAGAGCACCAGGUCAAAGUGGAGUUUGUUUGGUACGGCACCACCAGCAAUAAAGACAAGAGUGGCGCCUACCUGUUCCUGCCUGACAAAGAAGCAACAAUUUACUUUCCCUCUCAACCGCCGGUGGUUCGAGUCACUAAAGGGCCGCUGUUUUCUGAAGUCACCACUACCUUCACACACAUCACACACACUCUCCGGCUCUACAACAUCCAGGGUAUCGAGGGUCAGUCUGUUGAGAUCUGUAACACUGUAGAUAUAAGAAGCGAAAUCAACCGUGAAAUUGCAAUGAGGAUAACCUCAGAUCUGAACAGCAAGGAUCGAUUCUUUACUGACCUCAAUGGAUACCAGGUGCAGCCGAGGAAAACCAUGGCUAAGCUCCCCCUGCAGGCAAACUUCUACCCCAUGACCAGCAUGGUCUACCUGCAGGACUCCAGCUCCAGACUCUCUCUACUCACCGCGCAGUCACUCGGAGCAGCCAGCCUCAAGAGCGGUCAGCUGGAGGUGAUUAUGGACCGUAGGCUCAAUCAGGAUGAUAAUCGAGGUUUGGGUCAGGGAGUGCUGGACAAUAAGAUCACUGCCAACUCCUUCCGCCUACUGCUGGAGAAGAGGAGCUCUGCAGAGGAGGCCCAGAAUGAGGAGACCGCACCCUAUAGUUAUCCAUCUAUACUGAGUCACAUGUCGUGCAUGUACCUCAACCAUCCCCUCAUCUCAAUGCCAGUCAGACAGCAAUCGGACACCCCAUCCUUGAUUCCCUACAGCCCUCUGAGCGCCUCCUUCCCCUGCGACAUGCAUCUGGUCAACCUGCGCACUAUCCAGUCUAAGGAGGAAGGGGGAGGUCCAUCCGAGCAAGCUGCUUUGAUACUGCACAGAAAAGGCUUUGACUGUGGCUUCUCCAAUCGGAACACUGGCCUACUGUGUGCCACCACACGUGGCAAGAUUAAUUUAGAGAAGCUCCUGACAGAUGUGAAGGUGAAGAGCAUCACUCCUGUCUCGCUGUCUCUGAUGCACACAUACAGUAGUGAAGCCAACCCGCAGGAGAUCAGCCUUAAACCCAUGGAAAUCAGGACUUACCGCCUGCAGCUGAGCUGAGCUGAGCUGCAGUCACAUUGGCUCACGUACUCGAGAGCCAUAAGGUUGUUGCCUUUAGCCGAGGACUCGUCAAAUGAUUGUCAAUAUAAACCUUAAGCUUCACAGCAAAGUGCAAUAUGAAAUCUCCAAGAAUUCCCAACCAGCUCUCUCAGGUUAUUUUAACAUAACGUGAUGCUUCUUAUGUGUGAUUCACUGUGCUGAGAGUUGAUGUUUUUCACUGGGAACGUACAAGUUGUUGCACGAUUUUAAAGUGUUGCUGCAGUGGAGAUGGUGCAAGAAACUUUUUUCUUGUCUGUUACUUGAUGAAGAGAAAAGCUUGUUUGAUCAGUGAUCUGUUCAAUUUAUCCUCACAAUUCCCAAUUUAAUAUAGAAAAUUGAUUGGAUUCCUACCUGAAUUUUUUUUUAUUUUAUUUUUUUUAUCCCCUUUUUUAUUUCCAUUUUAUUAUUUUAUUUUAUUUUAUUUUAUUUCAUUAUUUUAUUUUAUUUUAUUUUAUUUUAUUUUAUUUUAUUUUAUUUUAUUUUAUUUUAUAUCCUCACAAUUCCCAAUUUAAUAUAGAAAACUUAUUGGAUUCUUACCUGAAUUUUAUUUUUUCCUUUUUAUUUAAUUUUUUUCCUUGUCCUUUUUAUUUUUUUUUUAUUUUAAAAUUGAAAAUUUUCAUUUUUAUUUUAUUUUUAUUUUAUUUUUCCAUCCCAAAGUUUUUACUCUGAAUCGUGCCUUAGUCUCACAGGGUGGUGUCUUUCUUAAUGGAUGUGAUAAAAUGAGUAAUUUUAAAACUGAACAUCAUUUUUAUCAUUCAGUGUUGAUUAUAACAUAGAAAACACUAAUGACAGACAGUUUUAAUUUUGUAGUCUUCAAAAAACCACAUAUCUCCACAAUCAAACAUUUGUGAAAAGGUAUGCAGAUCGUAAUAUGGCAUCGUACUUUUCUUUAAAUGUCCCUUGAUAAUUUCUAGCAAUGCAAAUGACUGCAAGUUACUUGUGUUUAUCACAUUCAUUGAAAUGGGUCGUUUAAUGUGAUUUAAAAUUUAGAUGAUUAAGCCUCAGAUUUUGUGUCUAUCUUAAGUGUUUUUUGUCAUUAUGUUUUUUUCUAAAUAUAUAAGAUAGUAUAUAUUGGUCACCUUUUUUUCUUAAUGUGUCUCUUUUAUUCAGUCUUAAGGAUUGUAAAUAGGUUCAGUAGCAACAAAAAUUGACCAAAGGUGGGUGGGUGGGCGUCUUGUACUAAAGUAUGUGUAUUGAAGAUUUAAUUCCAUUGUUCCCAGAGAUGAUAGUUAUCAGAGAAAUUUUUUUUAUUUAAUAUAUUAGGCUAUAUGAAUAUAAACAUGCAUAAAUAAUAUAAAUUCUUGCAAUGGUUGAGUUGGAAGGGGCGCUUGAUCAUAAAAUGGUGUCAUGGUUAUUCUAAACUUCAUGUGAUUGUGUUUAAGUUUAAAAAUGGAAAAGCUAGAUUUGUUAUACAAUCAAACUAUGCAAAUGUCCCAUUUUUGUCUUAUGCAACAAUGAUCUAUUUUUUUAGACCUUAAGUCACAGACUUCCUGUAGUCAGAAAUUCUCCAAUUUUACCUGGCAAAGUUCUUAAAACUCUUUCUGAUAUGUAGAUUUGCCACACAUUAUGAUAUAUGAUACAAAUGUUUUUCACAAAUGCAUUUCCUUCAUUCUGUGAUGUUUAUUCUUAAAGGGAGUCCAUUUUCUGUCUUGUGUUUUGUUUCAGGCUGGCAAUGAGAGUGUGAAGGAUGAUCAUUUGUUGACUUUGCUACUGUGAUUUUUGUUGAUUCAGCGUGUUUUUCUUUUUCCUUUUAUGAAAAUAUCGACUGGCGUGUCGUUCUGUUGGUCAGUCAGAAGUGCUGUGAUCACUGUAUUCCAGCUAGCUGCUUAAUUCACACUUUUAUGACCAAAUUGGUCUGUGACUGUAGUUAAUCAGGAUAAUGAAAGCUGGCCGAUGCUUUCCGACCCUGUGAGAAUAUUCCUCUAUUUUUAAUCUUGAACAGUGUGGUGACUAUCUGAAGAGUAUGCAUCUUUUUACAAGAGUUGCCAAUUACAAUUUUAGCCAACGAAUGUCUGUCGUCUCUCUGUCUGUCUGUCAUUUACAAGGAAUGUUACAGAAAAAUAAAAAUUGUUCUUGUCUUUUA